UUCUCUCUCAUAUGUUGGCUGGUUGACAGUGUGGCAGUGAAACAUAAUUGUGUCGCCCCCUGCACAGAAGCAAAGCAGUGGAGGAGCCUGACACCUCGUAAAAAUAAAGUCAAGAGUUCCAUCUAAACUCCGCCUCCUGAGAAAGUGUCGGAACUUGGGGUUGAUUCUCCCUGUGAAAGUAAAGCCAUACACCACGCUAUGGCUUGUCAUUCCAUUUACGUUUGGUCGUGUCCAUCGACCCAACCAAAGGUGCACUUUCAGAAAUAGCUAAACAUGCUUUUCAUGAGCAGCAGUUUCAGUUCAGUUGAAAUGAAUAAUCAGAAAACAGAGUUUUAAAAUGGCUUCAAAGGAAAGAGCAUUAGAAAGUGGGCCGCAUCAUACAUUAGCAGCUUUAAUGCUAGAUGAGCUACGUUAGCUCACAUUGAGCGCUUCAAAAACAAUGAUAAAAACGAAGAUGUAAAGGUGAAAUAGUUGUUGAGCUAGUCGUAAUGUAACUUGGUACAGGAAGGCAGUCAUACGUCGGGCCCCCAGCAUGGUGCCAGACAGUGCUGCUGCCUUUUCACUGACGGUUUGUGAUGACCUCCUCAUUAUUUCAUCUUUUAAUACCAACCUGUUUCACACCAUCUACUGUCAUUUGACAAGUGUGUAACCGUGACUGAUCACGUGAUGCACUGAAUCUACUUCGGUGCCUCUAUAUUUCACCAGUUGUUUCUCUGAGUUGCAGAGCGAUGACAUCAGCAGAUUUUGCUGAGAAAAACACACUGUCCCUCGACAGCUGGAGACACAGACUGUAGUCACGUUGUGUUAAAGUCCAAAAGCCUUUUGAGUUUGCAGCAGUGAGAUGUGAGGAAGUGCGUCCUCCAGCCAGAGUGUCAUCAUAAAGUCAGCUGCAGCUCAUUGUGCAUCAUAAAUCUCAUCCUCCUCCUGUGUGGGUAUUUUUGUGUUUUGUGUGUGCGCGUGCGUCUGUGUGUUGUGCGUGUUUUUUGUGUGUGCAUGUGUAGUGUGCAUGUGUGUUUUGUGCGUGUGCUUGUGUAUGUGCAUGUGCGUGUGUUUUUUGUGUGCACAUGUGUGUGUUUUGUGCGUGUUUGUGUUUUGUGUGUGUUUGUGUUUUGUGUGUGCUUGCGUGUGCAUGUGCGUGUGUGUGCUUGUGUGUGUGUUUUGUGUGUGCGUGUCCUUGUGUGUUUUAUAUGUUGUGUGUUUAUAUGUGUAAGUGUUUUGUGUGUUUUGAGUGUGUGUUUGUGUGCUGUGUGUGUUUGCGCGUGUCUUUUGUGUGUGUUUUGUGUCUGUGUUGUGUGUGUGUGUUUUGUGUGUGUGUGUCUCUAUGUUGUGUGUUUGUUUUUCUGUGUUGUGUGUGUUUUGUGUGUGCGUGUCCUUGUGUGUUUUAUAUGUUGUGUGUUUUUAAAUAUGUGUUUUGUGUGUUUUGAGUGUGUGUUUGUGUGCUGUGUGUUUGUGUGUGUCUUUUGUGUGUGUUUGUGUCUCUAUGUUGUGUGUGUGAACAUGUGUUUUGCGUGUGUGUUUGUGUCUCUAUGUUGUGUGUGUGAACAUGUGUUUUGCGUGUGUGUUUGUGUCUCUAUGUUGUGUGUGUGAACAUGUGUUUUGCGUGUGUGUUUGUGUCUCUAUGUUGUGUGUGUGAACAUGUGUUUUGCGUGUGUGUUUGUGUCUCUAUGUUGUGUGUGCGUGUGUUUUGUGUGUGUGUUUGUGUCUCUGUUGUGUGUGCGUGUGUUUUGUGUGUGUGUGUUUGUGUCUCUAUGUUGUGUGUGUGAACAUGUGUUUUGCGUGUGUGUUUGUGUCUCUAUGUUGUGUGUGCGUGUGUUUUGUGUGUGUGUUUGUGUCUCUGUUGUGUGUGCGUGUGUUUUGUGUGUGUGUGUUUGUGUCUCUAUGUUGUGUGUGUGAACAUGUGUUUUGUGUGUGUGUUUGUGUCUCUAUGUUGUGUGUGCGUGUGUUUUGUGUGUGUGUGUUUGUGUCUGUUGUGUGUGCGUGUGUUUUGUGUGUGUGUUUGUGUCUCUAUGUUGUGUGUGCGUGCGCGCAGGCCGACGUGCCUGAACACAAGCGGCUGCCGAGGAAACUGUAGAUUAUCAAAUUCCUCAUGUGUGGAGCAGCUGUGAGCAGGACAGAAGCUGUGGUCUGGUUCUGGCCCUGGCUUCUGAGGAGAAGUGCUUAUGUGGCGUCCCUGCAGCCCCUCAUUAGUCCCCCCUCUGCUCCGCUGCACUUUUACUCUCCUCCACGACACCGACCUCAACACGGUGAAACACUUGAAUGAAGCCAAACCCUCCCAAGGUUAUUCACAACGCUUCCCAUUGGUCAGGUCCCGUUGGAAAGUCCCAGCCUAUCAGGGGUCCUGUGCCGACCCCCUCUGCAGGUGGUCCGUGCGUGUGUGUGUGUGUGUGUGUCUGUGUGUGUGUGUUUGCUGCGUGUUAAUGAAUGCUUGUUGUGUGUGUGUGUACGUCAGAGACGGCGGGCCGUGUUUAAAACCCUGGGUCCCCCGGGUCCGGGCAGUCUGUCACAGGAGGGUCGCAGGUACGUGCACAGGUGGACCCAGUCUUCAGGUUUGGAUCUGCCGAGGACCAACAGACAGAAGCUCAGGUGAGUUCAGCAGGCUUUCAUCACUUGUGUCGGAGCUGAAGCGAGUUGUUUCCUGCAGCGGUCGUGGAGGUGAAGCUAUGGCUGGACGAGGGAGGACCAGAUUCUCUGCUGCGCUCACUGCUGCCCUGCUGGCCGUCAUCCUGCUGCCUGCCUUCCUGUCCGCUGGACCCAUCGCCCCACGGGCCAAAGGAGAUGCGGGUGAGAGCAUCCGGGAGAAGGCAGCGGCGGCAGAGGCGCACCGCAGGCUGAUCCGCCACCGCAGGAACAUCAGCUGGUACAAGCAGCACUCGGACUUCUGGGCCAGAUACAAGUUCUUCAGCGACAACGGCAACCAGGAGGCUGUUCAGGAGAUGGAUCGCAUCUACCUGGCCUACCUCCAGAACAAGAACCGUGCAGAGGGCCGUCGCUCCUACAAGGCCUACCUGCGUCACCUGGGCGAGGUCUACAAGUCCUGUGCCGAUUCCGAUGACCCCAACUGUGUGGCCUCCUACACCAGCAGGCCUAAACCAGAGCCCCCAAAGCCCGCUCCGGUCAAAACAUGCGACCCCACCAAGGACGCCUACUGCCUGUAUGCUGCCUUGCUCCAGGGUAAGAGCCCGUACUUGCCCCUGGUUCUGCCGGCUGCUGCUCCGGUGAAAGCUCCAGCCAAAGCCCCGGCCCCCCUCUACGUCCGUUCUGCUCCUGCGAAGGAUCCACAGUCGGGCUACCACUACUACUCCCCUGUUGCCGAGUCCUUCCUCACCAAGGAGCAGAAGGCCGAGCUGCUGCGGAUUUGCUCCGCGGACGACGUUGAGUGUUUGCAGUACCACCUGAGAGCCGCCUACGGCCACAAGCCGUCGGCUGGGCCGCUGCCCUCCUAUGCUCACCUCGGCUGUGACCCCAAGAAGGACCCCAACUGCAAGGCCACGCUGGUUCAGAAAGCCCCAUCUGGCCUCUACCUGCAGUACCCCAACUGCGACCCGCUCCGGGACCCCAUGUGUGCCUAUGCUGCCUCUCUGGUGGCCCAGCGAGCCCCUAAAGCUCCAGGUCCCGCUCCUCCUGGUUCUUGCAACCCUUUGUUUGAAGAAGGCUGCAACCCUCUUACCGCCACUAAGUUUGUGUCCCCCUCAAAGGGACAGGAGGAGCCGGAGGAGGCGGCUGCUAUCCGGGCAGCCCCGGCCGCUCCCGACCCUCAGACCGACCCCUACGCCAUGGUUAGGGAUCUUUACGCCAACAGGGUGGCUGACCCGUACGCCAUGUACCGCCAGCCAAACCACCCAGUGGCUGCUGCUGCUGACCCGUACGCCAUGUACCGCCAGCCAAACAACCCAGUGGCUGCUGCUGCUGACCCAUACGCCAUGUACCGCCAGCCAAACAACCCAGUGGCUGCUGCCGCUGACCCAUUCGCAAUGUUCCGACAGCCAAACACUCCUUCUGCUCCAGCUGCUGCUGACCCGUACGCUAUGCUGCGUCAGUACAUGGCCCAAGUCCAAGGCAGCGACCCGUACUCCACUCAGACGGAGACAGCGCCAGAGUCCACUGACCCCUACACUGCUAUUAGAGAGGCUGCUGCUGCCUUGCACCGAAAUGGGCCCCCCACUCCCAGACAGCAGUACCCCUUCUCCAAUCCCGCCUUUGAGGAACCACCUCAGGAGGAGCGCCACCCUCUGGGCCCCCCAGGCAAAACCAAGGAAGGCUACGACUGUUACAUUGGCUACGAUCGUGAAUGCUUCCCGGUCAAGCCGGCCGAGCCGAGAUCCGGGAUCCACCGCCGCGUCCCAUACGCCGCCGAAGCAUACGAGCCACACCUGAACGCUGACGGAACACGCAAGGGGGUCUUGGAGCCCGCCAACCCAGACUGCGACCCCGAGUAUGACACUGACUGUCGUCUGAGACGGUAUGAGCCAGAGCAGACGGAGGCUCAGCCUGAGCAUCGCGCUGAGGAGGACCACCAGGUGGCAGCAGACAGGGACCGUCAGACGGAGCAGCAGGAGCAGGACCAGUACGAACCUGAGCCGUACCAGAGUGGUCAGGAGGAAGCUCAUCUGUCGUACCAGCCUCUUGCGCAGGGAAUGCCGAGUCUGCAGGACAUUCUACGCCGUUACGGCGACCAGUUCCCCGAGCAGGACGAUCACAGAGCGUACGGAGACGACUACCGAAAGAAAUAAAGAUGAAAACCCUCACAUAUGCAAAGGGACAGCAGACUACGUCGCUUUUCGCCGCCAAAAACACACAGCCCCAACUUUGAGGCAAGUGACUAGUCAAUGGACCCAAUGGACGAGUCACAGAGAAUGUCUUCAACGAAAGCAAAUGUUUACCUCUCUCUCUCUCUCUCUCUGUCCCGCCGCUUGACAAUCCUGCGCUUCCUUUUUUGCCUUCCUGCUUCUCGAACUGUCGUAUUCACGCCACCGGACUCUCUGUGUUCCCACUUCG